GUCAUUUUGAGGGGGAGCGGACGGACGGAGAGUUAAAAUGCAGAGUUACGAAGGGACGUACGGUUCAGAGACAAGCGGCACGUAACCGUCACACUGUAAAUGCAAAGCUUUACCCCGUCAAGCACCGUAUAGUGCACACUAUUGUCCAGGUUGCCACAUAUUAAGUUACGCCCUUUUGCGUUAGCCUGUAAUGGCUUCCUAGAGCGAGGAGGCUAGUCUAGUCUGAGUGUGAGCAGCUACAGAGAGAAGAGAAGCAGGCAGCUACCCACGGCGGUCCUGAUAACAACACACUCUUAUAGGAGAACAGGAGGCUGUUUCUCUGCUACUAGACGGAUGGAUUUAGUUCAGAUGAGCCAACUCCUGGAUAGCUGUUGUAUGAAAGCAGCGCCCCUCUGUAGUCUACUCUGAGUGUGAUGGCGACCACCGACGAGGUCACGGUGUCCAUGGCGGAGGUGGUGAUGGUGAAGGGUGAUUGUGAAGGAGACUCCGAUGACCCCAAUAAGACUCAGGUCAUCCUCCAGCUCCAGCCAAUCACCUCUGGAGAUGAAUCUGCGGAAACAGAUGCAGCUGUCAUGACCGUUGAAGCACAUCACGAACAAGUCGAUGGAGAUGACGUUGAAAUUGGCUGUCCCAUAACAUGCGGCGACUGCAAAGCUGUGUUGCUGGUGAAGAAGUUUGUGUGCCCUGGGAUCAACGUAAAAUGUGUGAAGUAUGAAGACCAGCUGAUCAGCCCCAAGCAGUUUGUGCACAUCUCUGGAAAAGCCACUCUGAAGGACUGGAAGAGAGCCAUCAGGAUGGGCGGAGUCAUGCUCAGAAAAAUGAUGGAUUCGGGUCAGCUCGACUUCUACCAGCACAGCACGCUGUGCACCAACACGUGUCGCAGCACCAAGUUUGACCUUUUAAUCAACAACACGCGGUUCCCUCCCGACGGCUCUGGACUCACCACGCCCACGUCCUCUCAAGCUCAGGUUGUCCUGGGUAACGGCGGGACAGUGGGCGAGGACAGAGCCGAGGUUCUGAGUGGGAAGAUGGACUGGAUUUCAAGCUCGCUGGAGGCUGUGGACAAGAAGGAAUCUAAUGAGAUCUCAGAGGACACGCUGAACUUCUGGAAGGGCAUCGCUGACGUGGGUUUGCUGGGUGAAGUGGUGACCAACAUCAGUACGGAGCUGCUGGAGCUGUUGAACGGCGUGCAGCAGCGCAGGGACCCGUCUACCUUACAGGACACGGAUUCCUGUCUGGUAGAGGUGGCAGUGCUCAGUAACCUCGCCCAAGUGUUCGGCCUGCUCGACUCGGUCAAGAACACGCUGGAAAGGAGGAGGCAGCAGACGGAUCCCGGCCAGGAGCAUAUCCUCAACACACUCACCGACCUGGAGAUGCAGUUGGAAGAGCAGAGGAAGCAGCAGCAGGUGCGAGCUCUCCUGACCUCCCCGCAGCCUGCAAAAAACAAAACUCCCACCAAGCGGCAGACCAAGCGACCUCGUCUCCAGAGGCCCGCCUCCACCACCACCCUCCUGACCUCCUCAGUCAACCAGCAGGCCGCCCUGCAGCCCCAGCAGUUCACCGUUCUGUCCCCCAUCUCUCUGUCCUCUAUGGGUCAGCCGUUUACCUUGGGAGGCCUGCCCAUCGCCUCCCUGGGCCAGUCCUCCAACACGGUCACCCUGCUCCCCGCCGGCUCGCAGCUCUUCACCCGCUACAUGGUGUCCGGGGACGGAAAGGGGGACACCAUCACCUUGCACCCGUCCUCGGGCCUCACGCUGGUGGGUACCACCUCCAUGCAAGACUCCGGCCAGUUAGGCACGGUGGUGAGCCCCGUAGAGCUGCUGCACCUGAGCCAGCAGGCCGGCGGCGAGAUGAUGCCGUUAGAAGGCCAGAUGGUGGACGGCACCAUGCUGGUGCAGCAGGAGGUGGAGUCCGGCCAGGAGCACACGGUCAUCGAGAUCAACCCGGCUCCGAUGGAGCAGACGGUGGGAGUGAUGGAGCUGCAACUGACCGGGGAGUCGGGCAGAGACGGGGCCACCAUGAUGGUCCAGAGCGGCAUGGAGGACACGCAGUGCCAAUUGCAGGAGGCGCAGACUGGGGGGGUUCAGGGGCUGCAGCUGGACGCCAGCGGACAGUUGUCAGGUGUGCAGAUAGUGGUGAUAGAAGAAAACACUCAGGAAGCCAACAAGGACAAAUGAGACACACCUCCUAUUUUAUCCAGCAGAGCAGGUAUGGACUCGUACUGAGCUAUCACAGACUUGUGAAACUGUAAAUACACAGAAUUUCCAAAUCCACAAAUUGCCUUGGCCUAAGACCAAGCUCUAGGGUAGCCAUUUUUCCUUUUUUGGUGUGUGUGUGUGUGUGUGCGUGUGUGUACAUGCUCC